UGUGUGAUUUGUGAUGUAAAAUUAGUAGUUUCUUCUAUUGCUACACAAUAGUUUUCGCAUUUAAAAACAUGUGUGUGCCGCAGCGACGGCUUCAGACGUAUUUACAUUAACUCUGAGAUAUUACUCACAAAUCGUAGCGACACGAGUUUUCUUUCGAAACACUUGGCAAUUAAUACACGUUCAUACUGUUGUUACACAAGAAAAGCCAAAUAGCCCAGUUUUUUGUUUAGUAAAUCUUCUCGUUGUUAUUUGUUACCUGCCCACCAUAGACACAUACAGAAUAUUGUAAACGGUAUUAUGAGCAUUUGGACUGUACGAUGUGUUUGCCAGAAGUUUUGCCGGCAGGCGCACAUUUUAGCUAACAGAAGAGUGUUGCCGUCGACCAAGCGAAUUCCAGCGGUCAUCAAUGGCAUCAGCCGGCCGGCACACAACAGCUUAUAUCAAAUGGUAAAAAAGCGCACGCUUGAAGCAAGAACCAAGUUGCAAGCAAAUAAAUAUCCAAAUAAUCAAGCCUGCAUGAAAAUGCCAAAGACCGUGGAGUUUGUAUCCGAUGUCGAUGAAGAUACACAACCACCUACAUUGCCCACUGGUCAGACUCAGCUGGGCAAUGUCACUGCAUCAGUAACAAAUCAAGAUCCACAAUUUCGAGUGGGCUUUGUCGACAGCAAAUCCUAUUCCACAGCCAAGGAUGUGCUCAAGUCUUCGCAAUGCGAUAAAGUUUGCCCACAACCCCUAGAUCCCUGCAAGCCGGCUCCCAAGGAUCCUUGUGAAGAAUUCCAUAAGCUGCGACGUGAGAGCGAAAUCACUGGUGGUGCACAGGGCGGUGGUUGCGACGGUGACAGUGAAGACGAGCAACAAAAGCGUCUGAAGCUCAAAUGCUUGCUGGGCGCUCUAGCAGCGCUGCUAGCUGGUGGCUUUGUGGCCUGGAUGAUGACACGCAAGAAGGAGUGCGAGGUGGACGGUGAUAGUCCCGACGAUGCACGUAAGCGCGCUCAACUAUCUGGCAUGAUUACCUCACCUCCCAGCUCAGAGCAGUUGCCUAAGCACGUACCCUAUUUGAUAAUUGGUGGCGGCACCGCUGCCUUCUCAGCGUUCCGUGCCAUUAAAUCAAACGAUGCACGCGCCAAGGUGUUGAUGAUCAGCAAUGAGUAUCGCAAGCCAUAUAUGCGACCGCCACUAUCCAAGGAGCUGUGGUACACACCCAAUGCUAAUGAGGAUCCCAUUAAAGAUUAUCGCUUCAAGCAGUGGACGGGCUCGGAGCGCAGCUUGUACUUUGAGCCCGACGAGUUCUUCAUUGAGCCCGAAAAGCUGGCAGACAGUGGUAAUGGUGGCAUAGCCGUCGCUCAAGGUUUCUCAGUGAAAAAAGUGGAUGCACAGAAUCGCAUUGUGACAUUGAACGACGGCUAUCAGAUUAGCUACGAGGAGUGCCUCAUUGCAACGGGCUGUGCGCCCAAGAACCUCAACAUGUUGCGUGAUGCGCCACCGAGCGUGCGGGAGAAGAUUAUGGUCUAUCGCACACCCGAGGAUUUCGAUCGGCUGCGUCGCUACGCAAUGCAAAAGCGCUCGAUUACCAUUGUGGGCAAUGGUUUCAUUGGCAGCGAGCUGGCCUGCUCGCUGGCUCACUACUCCAAGGAGAACGAGGGUGGCAAGGUGUAUCAAGUGUUCCAGGAGAAGGGCAACAUGUCCAAGGUGCUGCCGCAUUAUCUAAGCGAUUGGACUACGCGUCGCAUGGAGAAGCAAGGCGUCUGCGUUAUACCCGAUGCCAGCAUCAAGUCCGCCUUACGCGAUGAAUCGCAAGUUAAAUUGGAGCUAAGCAAUGGCAUGACGCUGCUGUCGGACAUUGUAGUGGUCUGCGUAGGCUGCACGCCCAAUACAAACAUAGCGGGCACCUCCCAGCUGGAAGUGGAUCGUACUCUGGGUGGCUUUGUGGUCAAUGCGGAGCUUGAAGCGCGACGCAAUCUGUAUGUGGCCGGUGAUGCUUCCUGCUUCUAUGAUCCGCUGCUGGGCAGACGGCGUGUGGAGCAUCAUGAUCACUCUGUGGUCUCUGGACGCUUGGCAGGCGAGAACAUGACUGGAGCAAAGAAGCCGUAUGAACAUCAAAGCAUGUUCUGGUCUGACUUGGGACCUGAAAUUGGCUACGAAGGCAUUGGCCUGGUGGACGCCUCUCUGCCCACAGUAGGCGUCUUCGCGCUAAGCAAGGACGAUGCUAAACGCUCGGACAGCCACACGGACUCAAAGCCUGCGGACAAGAGCAGCGAAGCGCCGAAGCAAACGACUGUCGUCGAAGGCGAGCUGCAGUGCAAUCCCAGCGAUGAGCCCAACUAUGGCAAGGGCGUUGUAUUCUAUCUGAAGAAUGAUAAAAUUGUGGGCAUUCUGCUGUGGAAUCUUUUCAAUCGCAUUGGCCUCGCACGCACGAUAAUCAAUCAAAACAAAAACUAUGAGGACCUCAAUGAGGUUGCAAAACUAUUUGAAAUACACGCGUAGUCGGCAACUGAAAGUUUUAUCUAUUGUGCACUUGUCUAACUAUAAGAUUGUAUGGACUACACUACUGCCGCUGUCAUUAUCCCAACUCCCAAUCCUGUCCCUGCACAUAAUAUUCCAAGCAGUUAGUUUAUGUAAAUAUGUAACUAGAACAAAGUGGCAGAGAAAUGCAACAGAAAUUUAGUGUUAUUAUUUUUUUGGAAUAAAUUGUUGUUUUUAGUAAAAA